AAAAAUAAUCAGGUCUGCCGAAAGUUGUACGUAAAACGUCACGUGCUCUCUCAGUCCCCGACUCCUCCCUCGUGCUCCGUCCGUCUCUGCGACUCGUCCCUCUCGCUCCUCCAUCGCUACUCUCCAGUCUCUACAUUUCUCAUCUUUCCAGGGAUUUGCUGAAAAUUUUGCAUUAUUUCCAGAGUUUGAGAUUGAUUGAUGCAAAGAAGGUGAGAAUUGAUGCGUAAUUCGAGAGCAGCACUUGGUCUCCUUCUCAAGUCAGUCUCCAACAAUAACCCUUGUUGUUUUCCUUCUUCCCGCAAGACAAACGGUCGCUGCCGCACUUUGCUUCUUCUACUCCAACCCCACUCUUCUUCUUCAAUUUCCGACGGCGGAGCCCGAUUCCUCAUUUCAAAGCGCGCCUUUUGCGGGUACGCCGCCGAGCAGUUCUCCGACGAUGAGUACGCGUGCGAAUUCGAAGGCCAAAAGGCAUCGUCUUCAGUGGCGAACAUUGACGAGUGGAAAUGGAAAAUGAGCUUGCUAUUACGCAGCGAAAAGGACCAAGAGAUUGUAUCCAGAGAUAAGAGAGAUAGGAGAGACUAUGAGCAGAUAUCUAACCUUGCCAAAAGGAUGGGACUUUAUUGUGAAAUAUAUGGGAAAGCGGUGGUGGCCAGCAAGGGCCCUCUUCCAAACUACAGGCCUGAUUUGGAUGAUAAGCGGCCACAAAGAGAGGUGGUUAUCCCUCUUGGCUUGCAAAGGAGGGUAGAGGGUUUGCUGCAAGAGCACCUUGAUCGACUUCAGUUAAACUCUGGGAAGUUCACUGGAAAUAGAGGGGACUCUGAGCACAUUGGUCAGGUCGAAAAUGCAAACCUGGAUGAGAAUGCAGAUUCUUUUCUAGAUGGGUCUGUAAUGGAGAAGGUUCUUCAAAGGAGGAGUUUGCGAAUGCGUAAUAUGCAAAGAGCUUGGCAGGAAUCACCCGAAGGCAAGAAGAUGCUAGACUUCCGCAAAUCACUACCGGCUUUCAAGGAGAAUGAAAGGUUGCUGCAAGCAAUUGCACAGAAUCAGGUAAUAGUGAUAUCUGGGGAGACUGGAUGUGGUAAGACCACUCAACUUCCUCAAUAUAUCCUAGAGUCAGAAAUAGAAUCUGGCCGUGGAGCAUUCUGUAGCAUCAUUUGCACACAGCCUCGAAGAAUAUCUGCUAUGGCUGUUGCAGAAAGAGUGUCGGCAGAGAGGGGAGAGCCUCUUGGUGAAACAGUUGGCUAUAAAGUUCGAUUGGAGGGAAUGAAGGGAAAAAAUACCCAUCUGCUUUUUUGUACAAGUGGUAUUUUACUUCGCCGUCUGUUGAGUGAUCGUAACUUGAAUGGUAUAACCCAUGUUUUUGUUGAUGAAAUUCAUGAGCGAGGCAUGAAUGAAGAUUUCUUAUUGAUUGUGCUGAAGGAUCUGCUUCCACGCCGUCGGGAUUUGAGAUUGGUUUUAAUGAGUGCUACUCUGAAUGCUGAGCUGUUUUCAAGUUAUUUUGGAGGAGCUCCUACAAUUCAUAUUCCGGGCUUUACAUAUCCAGUAAGAGCACACUUUUUAGAAGAUGUACUGGAAAUGACUGGGUAUAAGUUGACUUCCUUCAACCAAAUUGAUGAUUAUGGCCAAGACAAACUGUGGAAAACACAGAAGCAGUUAGUGCCUCGAAAAAGGAAAAACCAGAUUACUGCUCUGGUUGAGGAUGCUCUUAAUAAAUCAAGCUUUGAGAGUUACAGUGCCAGGGCACGUGAUUCACUAUCAUGUUGGACACCUGAUUGCAUUGGAUUUAAUUUAAUUGAGGCAGUUUUAUGUCAUAUAUGUCGGAAGGAACGACAAGGUGCUGUUUUAGUAUUCAUGACUGGGUGGGAGGAUAUAAGCUCUUUGAGGGAUCAACUUAAAGCACAUCCACUUUUAGGUGAUCCUAACAGGGUUUUGCUUCUAACAUGCCAUGGGUCAAUGGGAACAUCUGAACAGAAACUCAUAUUUGGAAGACCACCUCCUAACAUUCGUAAAAUAGUCCUUGCAACAAAUAUGGCAGAAGCAAGCAUUACAAUCAAUGAUGUAGUUUUUGUGGUGGAUUGUGGAAAAGCAAAAGAGACCUCGUAUGAUGCUUUGAAUAAUACACCUUGUCUGCUACCUUCUUGGAUAUCGCAAGCAUCUGCUCGGCAAAGAAGGGGUAGGGCUGGCCGGGUGCUGCCAGGCGAAUGUUACCACCUUUACCCCAAAUGUGUUUAUCACGCUUUUGCUGAAUAUCAACUUCCUGAACUGCUCAGAACUCCUUUGAACUCUCUUUGCUUGCAAAUUAAAAGUUUGCAGGUUGCUAGUAUAGGGGAAUUCUUGUCAGCUGCCUUGCAGCCACCGGAACCCCUAGCUGUCCAAAAUGCCAUUGGUUUUCUUACUUCAAUUGGGGCAUUAGAUGAGAAUGAAAAUUUGACAAGUCUCGGAAAAUAUUUGUCAAUACUUCCAGUGGAUCCCAAACUAGGGAAAAUGCUGAUUAUGGGUGCUGUGUUUCAUUGCUUUGAUCCUGUUCUUACAAUAGUGUCUGGUCUAAGUGUCAGGGAUCCUUUCCUUUUGCCUCAAGACAAAAAAGAUUUAGCAGGGACAGCAAAAUCUAGAUUCUCUGCAAAAGAUUACAGUGAUCAUAUGGCUCUUGUUCGUGCAUAUGAAGGAUGGAAAGAUGCUGAAAGAGAAGGAUCAGCUUAUGAAUAUUGCUGGAGAAAUUUCCUUUCUGCUCAAACACUUCAGGCUAUCCAUUCUCUUCGGAAGCAGUUUAACUACAUUUUAAGAGAUGCUGGAUUGGUGGAUGCGGAUGCAAGCAUUAACAACAAGCUAAGUCACAACCAGUCCUUGGUUCGUGCAAUCAUAUGUUCUGGACUUUUCCCUGGAAUAGCAUCUGUGGUGCACCGAGAGACGUCCAUGUCAUUCAAAACGAUGGAUGAUGGCCAGGUUCUACUAUUUGCUAAUUCUGUGAAUGUGCGUUACCAAACAAUUCCUUAUCCCUGGUUGGUCUUUGGUGAGAAAGUAAGGGUCAAUACUGUAUUCAUACGUGAUUCCACUGGCGUAUCUGAUUCGAUCCUGAUCCUUUUUGGUGGUGCGUUGAACCAUGGGGUCCAGGCUGGGCAUUUGAGAAUGUUGGAUGGUUAUAUCGACUUCUUCAUGGAUCCUAGUUUGGUGGACUGCUAUUUGAAGCUUAAGGAAGAACUUAAUGAGCUUAUUCAAAAGAAGCUUGAAGAUCCUAGCCUUGAUAUCCACAAGGAAGGGAAGUACCUGAUGCUUGCUGUUCAAGAGCUGGUUUCCGGAGAUCAAUGUGAAGGGAGAUUUGUAUUUGGUCGUGACAGCAGAAAGCCGAAGGAAUCUGGUGAUAACAGUAGAUUCACUAAAGACGGAACCAAUCCUAAGAGUUUGCUUCAAACUCUGUUGAUGAGAGCAGGACAUUCUCCUCCAAAAUACAAAACAAAGCACCUUAAGACGAACGAGUUCAGAGCACUGGUGGAGUUCAAGGGCAUGCAAUUUGUCGGGAAACCUAAGAAAAAUAAGCAGCUUGCAGAAAGGGAUGCUGCUAUAGAAGCACUGGCCUGGUUGACUCACACCUCAGAAAACCAUCGUGAUGAAGAAGACAACUCCCCCCCUGACAUCACUGACAACAUGCUCAAACUUCUCGGGAAACGUAGAAGAUCAAAACGGCAGUCUGGUUGAUUGUGAUUGCUGAUGUAGAAGAUUUAUCUGCUUCCGUCUGGUGGUUCAAGAUGACUGAUGAGUACCGAUCUAGAAGAUGAAAUGCAGGAUGCUCUAAGCCUUUCUCCUUGGGAUCAUCAGUAAAAUCAAAGCCCGGUAAAGUCAUGGAUUUCGAGAGGUCUGGGAGAUCAUCACUAGCAUAUGACUGACUAUUGGGUGCAGUUUUGGGUGAAAGAAUAACAGUAUCUCGUUGAGAUUGUGUCGCAUAACUUAGACAUUGGGCGCAUACAUAAACCAUGUAGGUAUAUAGUGUUGACAGAGUGGGAUAGUACAUACAAACACAAAUCUUUUCGUGGCGUUUGCGGAGGUGGUGUAGUCUCGUAGACGGUUGAAGCCGUCAUGAUUGUAUCUUGGCAGCCGGUGACGCACUGUUAAGUUGUGCAAAGGGGUGCCACAGACGGAUCUCGGUUGCUGAUUCAUUGGCCUCGAGUAAUGCAUAAGGUUUUGUUCUUGUAAACUCGUUAAAUGAAUAAUUGUAAUUUGCACUACUUUCAUGAAACGUAUUCUCUAUUCCAGUCCAAUCAUGUAUAUGAAAAACGAGUGGGGCCGUAGAUUGAUUUUUCAAAUGUCGAUUACGUUACGCAAUGCAAGUAUGUGUUUUAGUUUUUUCAAA